AUGCAACACUUCUCCAAAGAUGAUGGGUUCAACAUCUUCCGCCUUCCAGUUGGCUGGCAGUGGCUCGUCAACAAUCAGCUUGGUGGCACACUUGAUGCCACCAACUUUGGGAAGUAUGAUCAGCUUGUUCAGGGGUGCUUAGCUACUGGCGCAGCUUGUGUGAUUGACAUCCACAACUAUGCCCGCUGGAAUGGUCAGAUCAUCGGCCAAGGUGGACCGACAAAUGAUCAGUUCGUGAACCUGUGGACUCAACUGGCGACAAAAUACGCAAGCCAGGAGAAGGUCAUGUUUGGUCUCAUGAAUGAGCCUCAUGAUGUCCCUGACAUCAACAAAUGGGCAGAUACAGUACAAGCUGUGGUAACCGCUAUCCGUGGAGUAGCUAAGUCGCAACUUAUCCUCAUUCCUGGCAACGACUGGACAUCUGCUCAAGCAUUUCCUACAAAGUCCGGCCCAGCUCUUCUCAAAGUACAGAACCCCGAUGGCACCACCACUGGGCUUAUCUUCGACGUGCAUAAGUAUCUGGACCAAGACAACAGCGGCACUCACACCGAAUGCGUGACUGAUAACAUCAGCACCGCAUUCUCGCCGCUGGCGGACUGGCUGCGAACUAACAAGCGCCAGGCUAUCAACACUGAGACCGGUGGUGGUAACACUGCGAGCUGUGAAAAGUAUCUGUGCCAGCAGGUCACGUUCAUGAAUCAGAACAGCGAUGUCUUCAUUGGCAUCGUUGGCUGGAGCGCUGGAGCCUUCAGCUCACAGACUUAUGAGCUGAGUGAGGUCCCGACCAAGAACGGCAAUGCUUGGACGGACAGCGCAUUGGUUAAAGCAUGCUUGGCUAAGUCGGCUUAG